AUUCUCCAUCCAUCCACAGCAAGACACUUGUUGAUUUGAAUAGACUUCAUCACAGCAGACUGCUGCUUGGGAAUACUAUUUUGCUUUUGUGGGAGACCUGCCGCUACAAAUGGAUCGGGGCUCUUCGGGAGGGUGUCAUUUGUUUUACCCGGGCUGUGUGACAGAGAGGCGGCUACAGAUGGCGAUGAUCCUCGGCUUUUAACAGGUGGACCGCCUGGCAGCAGCAGCAUCAUUCUCGCAUCCCUAUCUGCUACCAGGGAGGAGGCAUGGGCAACCAGGUGGAUAAAAUUAAACUGUCACAUCAAAGUUACGCAGAAGUUCCCACAGUGGACCCCAACGGGCUGGACACUGAGGAGGGUCCUCGGAUCGGAGUGUCUUAUAUUUUCUCAACAGAUGACGAGGAACAGGAGGGGGAAAACAGUAACGUAGACGGAGCGGAUAAAGAGCACCACACUGGUACGGAACAUAAACACUACGACAAGAGCAACGAGGUGGAGUGCGCCGUUUACCACCGGGGAGAAUGUAUUUACGAGAAGAGCGUCAAGACCGCGGGCAUGGAAACCUACUCCCCCGAGAUCUUACUAAACAAAUGCAAGGCAGGUGACCUGGUGGAGUUUGUAACAACGGGGCAGUACCCCCACUGGGCGGUGUAUGUCGGUGACUUCCAGGUGGUGCACCUGCACAGAGCAGAGAUAAAGAACAGCUUUCUGACAGAAGCCAGCCAGGGAAGGAGAUGUAGGGUAGUCAACGAGCUGUAUAAAUUCAAAGCCCUCAGCGCCGAGAUGGUGGUUCAGAACGCUAUGGAACAGGUAGGAGGUAAAGACGGAGAGUUGAGCUGGAGAAAUUCGGAGUGUUUUGCCGCUUGGUGCAGGUUUGGCAAACGGGAGUUCAAAAUGGGUGGGGAGAUCCGGAUAGGAAAACAGCCAUACAGGUUAAAGAUCCUGAUGUCUGAUAAACAGUCUCACAUGCUUGAGUUUCAGUGUUUGGAGGACUUGAUCAUGGAGAAGAGGAGAAGCGACCAGGUGGGAAGGACAUCAGUGGUCCAGGAACUGGCCAAUCAUUUGAACAGUGUCGGGGAGAUCAAAAGUGGUGAUCCACUCAGUGAUCCAAUAACAGCACAGACUGCACAGUGAUCUAAUAGAUUUAUAGACCUGCUAUAAACAUCAUGAUGGCCAUUGCCUAUCCAAUCACAGACCCCGAUCUAAGUGGA